CCUCCCCCGGCCGGGGUGGCUGGAGAGCCGGGAGCCGCCGGGUUCGCGGGGCUGCCUCGCCGCGCCUGGCACGGGCUCUGCCAGCAGACAGCCUUGGCACACAGGCACAAGGGCUGGAGCCCAGAGAUGAGAGUGCCCAGAGGAGAUGUGAGCCUGGCGGGCUGCCCGCUAACCUGUCGCUGAAGCCCCAGAAGCGGGCCCCCAGGCUGGGCCUGCCACGCCCCCGGCCCAGCAUGCGCCUGUCGGUGCGGAGGGUGCUGCUGGCGGCCGGCUGCGCCCUGGCUCUGGUGCUGGCAGUCCAGCUGGGGCAGCAGGUGCUAGAGUGCCAGGCGGUGCUGGCGGGCCUGCGGAGCCCCCGGCGGGCCAUGCGACCGGAGCAGGAGGAGCUGGUGAUGGUGGGCACCAACCACGUGGAGUACCGCUACGGCAAGGCCAUGCCACUCAUCUUCGUGGGCGGCGUGCCCCGCAGCGGCACCACGUUGAUGCGCGCCAUGCUGGAUGCCCACCCCGAGGUGCGUUGCGGCGAGGAGACCCGCAUCAUCCCACGCGUGCUGGCCAUGCGCCAGGCCUGGUCCAAGUCUGGCCGUGAGAAGCUGCGGUUGGACGAGGCGGGGGUGACCGAUGAGGUGCUGGACGCAGCCAUGCAGGCGUUCAUCCUGGAGGUGAUCGCCAAGCACGGAGAGCCGGCCCGCGUUCUCUGCAACAAGGACCCGUUUACACUCAAGUCCUCGGUCUACCUGUCACGCCUGUUCCCCAACUCCAAGUUCCUGCUGAUGGUGCGGGACGGCCGGGCCUCCGUGCACUCCAUGAUCACGCGCAAAGUCACCAUCGCGGGCUUCGACCUCAGCAGCUACCGUGACUGCCUCACCAAGUGGAACAAGGCCAUCGAGGUGAUGUACGCCCAGUGCAUGGAGGUGGGCAAGGACAAGUGCCUGCCCGUGUACUACGAGCAGCUGGUGCUGCACCCCAAGCGCUCCCUCAAGCUCAUCCUCGACUUCCUUGGCAUCGCCUGGAACGACGCUGUCCUCCACCAUGAAGACCUCAUUGGCAAGCCCGGUGGUGUCUCCCUGUCCAAGAUUGAGCGGUCCACGGACCAGGUCAUCAAGCCUGUUAACCUGGAAGCGCUCUCCAAGUGGACUGGCCACAUCCCUGGGGACGUGCUGCGGGACAUGGCCCAGAUCGCCCCCAUGCUGGCUCGGCUUGGCUAUGACCCCUAUGCAAACCCCCCCAACUACGGCAACCCUGACCCCAUCGUCAUCAAUAACACGCACCGGGUCUUGAAAGGGGACUACAAAACACCAGCCAAUCUGAAAGGAUAUUUUCAGGUGAACCAGAACAGCACCUCCUCCCACUUAGGAAGCUCGUGAUUUCCAGAUCUCUGCAAAUGGCUUCAUUGCCAAGAAGAAAAGCAACUGCGUUUAAGUGGAAAUCGGACCUCUAAUCCAAGCAUAUUGCUUGCUAUUAAUUGCCAAAACAGGACGGCUGAUGAGGAAUGUAUUUGCAUAUGUUUGCAAAAGCUGAAUCAUUGAAAACGUACCUUGAAACUCUCUAUCUUUGGACACUCUGGGGUAGAGGACAAAGGGUAUGGAAGUAGUCCGGCUUUUGAAACUUAGGUAUUUUAUAUUUUCCCCCUCAAGAACUUCUUUUUAAGAGAUGCAUUUGCCAUCCUCCUUAAUUUGCAGGACUGCCUUGGUGGCUUUGUUUGCUGGGACAAGGCCCACACACCCUGUGCCUCUCCUGUUGAUCCUUACUUUGAAUUCAAAGAAUCUAUUUAAGAAUUUAAUAUAUGAGGCUUACUUUGAUUCUUCCUCAGUUCUACCUAGUUUCACAGAGAACAACAACAAAUACUAUUUGAAUAAAGUGAACAUGGGCUCAUUUCUUUGUGCCUUACUUUACUGAA